UUCGGCGCCGGCGCCAUCGGCCUCCUGCUGGCCGCCGCGCUCGCCACGUCGCAGAACUUCACGUCCAUCGUGAUUGCAGACAUCGACGCCGCCCGGCUCGAGGUGGCCAAGUCGCUGGACCUGGGGCUGAAGACCACCCUUCUCCCGCGGUCGUCCAACCCGCCGCCGCCGCCCAAGGACGCGCCGCAUUCGGAGCAAAUCGCGCACGCGCUGCAGUCGGCGCAGACGGUCGCCAACACCCUGAAGGAGACGCACGGCAUCCCGAACGGCUUCAGCCGGGUCUACGACUGCACGGGGGUGCCGGCGUGCGUGCAGGCAGGCAUCUACGCCUCGGCACCGGGCGGCGUCCUCGUGCAAAUCGGCAUGGGCACGCCCGUGCAGACGCUGCCCCUGGGCGCCGCCGCCCUGCGCGAGGUGGACCUCGUCGGUGUAUUCCGGUACGACGGGCACGCGUACCCGGCGGCCAUCAACCUCCUAACCAGCGAGACCUUCAAGCGGGUGGAGGAGAAGGUGGUGACGCACCGCGUGAAGCUGGCAGAGGAGGGGCAGGGCGAGAGGGCCUUUGCCCUGGCAGGGAAGGGGGUGGAUGAGAAUGGGGUUCCGGUUGUGAAGGUGAUAAUUGAGGGGUAG